AUGGCUACUGGAACCGCUCCGCUUCAUUCUUCUAUUCUUAUUGUUGGCUCUGGCGUAUUCGGACUGAGCACAGCAUACGCUCUCGCACAACGCCCGGCUUUCAGGAAUACAAAGAUCACACUCAUUGAACGGCUCGAGUUUCCAGCCUCUGAUGCCUCGAGUAUAGACUCGUCCCGUAUAAUCCGGCCAGACUAUGCAGAUGGAGCCUAUGCAGCUCUCAUGGCUGAAGGCAUGCCGCUAUGGCGCGGCGAGUUUGGCGCAGAGGGUAGGUACACCGAAGCGGGACUUUGUCUGGUCACGGACGAGACCGCGGACGACAACGACGAGGAUGCGCAUUACUACCUUGUCCGCGCUCUCGAGAACGUGACGAAGCGUCUGGGACUCCGGGUGGGUAAGCGUGAGGCAGGCGGGCAGGUCGAGCUUAUGGAGACCCCAGAGGCAGUGCAAAGGGUCAUGGCGAGCAUGGGUGGCGACUGUGGGAGGCGAGGUUAUGUCAAUUGGACUUCGGGAUGGGCUGACGCAGAGGCGGGAGUGAGGCAUAUGAGGAAGCUGGUGGAGGCGACAGGAAGGGUCCAGUUCCGGACGGCAGAGGUUAGACGUCUACGCUUCGGUGAAGACAAGGUUGAGGCGGUUGAGCUCGUCAACGGCGAAGUGUUGACUGCAGACCUUAUUGCACUCGCGACAGGCGCGUGGACGCCCAAGCUCAUUGACCUGCGUGGUAUCGCCUCAGCUACCGGACAAAUACUAGCAUACCUGGAUCUUACACAACCCGAACAAGACCGCUUAGGCAGCAACCCAACAUUAUUAUGCGAGAGCAACGGAAUGUUCAUAAUCCAGCCACGGAACCGCGUACUCAAGGUGGCACGACACGGCUAUGGCUAUGCGAAUCCAACAUGCAUCCCCCAUCCCGAACGUCCCGAGUCCGGCGAAACGAUCACGGUUAGCUUACCGCGGACAAAGCAAGAUGAUCCCUACCUCGACAUUGCACCAGAAGGCGACAAAGCUUGCAGAGAGUACUUGGCCAAGACUAUUCCGAGCUUAGCAGACCGGCCAUGGACAUAUACGAGGAUCUGCUGGUAUACUGACACUCCUAAAGGCGACUGGUUGAUUUCUUACCACCCAAAGUACAGCAACUUGUUUGUCGCCACGGGAGGUAGUGGCCAUGCCUACAAGUUCCUGCCAGUGGUUGGAGAGAGGAUCGUGGACGUGAUCCAGGGUGUGGACAGAGACGAGCUUGGCAAAGAGCUUCGCGCGAAAUGGGCGUGGCCAUCAGCGAAGUGGAAGGAGGAUCACAUCUGGACGGACGAUUGGCGAGGAGGCAAGAAAGGCAUGGUACUUGAUGAAGAAUUAGCUCGUUCAUGA